AGUAAAGGUUUUUCCCUGACAUUAAGUCUAGUUGUGUCUGAUGGGGGAUGGUGCUCAUCUCCAUUUCUAUGCCGAAGAGCCGGCGUUGUCCGUAGACACCUCCAAGGUCAUGUGGCUGGCAUGACUGCAAGGAGCGCUGUUACCUUCCCGCCGGAGCGUACCUAUUGAUCUACUCCCAUUUGCAUGUUUUUGAACUGCUAGGUUGGCAGAAGCUGGGGCUAACAGCAGAAGCUCACCCGGCUCCCUGGAUUCGAACUGCUGAACUUUCGGUCAGCAAGUUCAGCAGCUCAGCGGUUUGAAAUAAACCGACACGUUAUGAAACAGACAAACAUCAAAUAGAGGAGGCUUGAGAAGUUUGCUCCGGUCUCUCCAACCCACUAAGUUCUGACAAGUUUCUGUAACAAAUUAAUUAAGCCUUGGGAAUUGGGAUAAGCACCUGCUCUGCUAGCUAAUAUUAAAGCAUCCUACUAAAGCAAUUUGGUGAGGCACCACCACUCUUUGGCAGAGAAGGCUAAAAACUUUGGAAAACUACAACUCCAGUGAUUCCAGCAGAUCGAUUGUUCUGCAAAGAUGCUGCUGCUCGGCGCUCGAUUGAUGUGGUCUGCCUUGAAGAGCUGACCCGGGAAGAGUUUUUGGAAAAGUUUUGUUGCCUCUUUAUCCAGGGAAAGCAAUUGGAAGGGCAUUUGUGAAGACCUAGACAAUAUGCUGCAAAGUUUUUAGUUUGACUGCCAGAGUCUCCGGACAUCAGCGGGCCCCUUGGCUGUUUUGAUUUUUUCUGCAAUGCCCGAAGGCCCAUCCGUCAAGAAGUUCCAACUGCUUUGCUCUCCCUUUGUGGGGCAGACAGUGAUUAAGGUGGGAGGGAGCACAAAGCAGAUGACACCCAAUGAUGUCAAAACUCUGGUGCUGUCCGAUGCUCAGGUCCAUGGAAAGAAGUUGUUUCUGGCGUUUGGCCCCCCCCAGAAAGGGACGACGGGCUCCAGGAUUGAACAUUCAGAAUCGCCAGCGGGUCAAGGGUUGACAGAUAGCGGGAGCAGUUCUUUUCUCAUGAGGCAGGAAGGAAAAGUGGCCGAUACCCAUGAUCUGAAAGACCAUCUGCAAGAGGAACAUGAUGUGGAUUGGCCAUCGCUUGCCGAAGACAAUGCUGACGGCCCUCGGAAAUGGCUGCGUUUCCAGUUUGGCCUGUACGGAAGCAUCCGAGCCAACGAGUUCGCAAGAGCCAAUAAGGCAAACAAGCGAGGCGACUGGAGAGACCCGGUUCCCAGGUUUGAAUUGCUGAUUCUGAAUUUUGAGGGCGGAGGUUUCCUUGUCUUUUAUAACUGCCGCAUUCAGCCGUGUUCCUCUCCUUCCAAUGAGCCAUCAACUGACAUCCUGAGCCCAGAGUUUGAUCGCGGAAAAGCUUUGGAGGCUCUUUGCAAACCCACUCCUGUGUGCUACACACUUCUGAACCAAACCUAUUUCUCAGGGCUAGGUAACAGAAUUAAGAACGAGGCUUUGUAUCUCGCUCGAAUCCACCCACUCUCCCUUGGAUCUCAGUUGCCGUCUUGCGAUCUUGAAAGCCUGCUGGACUCUGCUGUUCAGUUUAGUUUGGAGUGGCUUCAAAGCAAGCUGCAGAAAAAAAGUGUACAAGUGCACAUUUAUAUGAGAGACAAAUGCCCAGCAGGGCAUGAGGUGAAGAAGGAAGCUUUGGGGCCUCCAGAUGGAUUGAAAAGACUCACCUGGUGGUGCCCACAGUGCCAACCUCAGGUGUCACAAGGAGAGAUGGACAUGCCCUCUACAGAGAGCAACUGAUGUGCCAAGUUGCCUUCCCCAGUAAACACUUUGUUUUUAAAGUUGGUUGUGAAAAAGAUGUAAAGUUAGAUUUUUGUUUGAGAUAAGAGAUAGGGCAUAUAUAUAUGCUUAUAGUUGCCAAAAAAACUACCCAAAUCCAGCAUUUCUCAUCCUGUUUUUUCAGGUUUGGAAGCACUUUACUCCUUGCCUGCUCUCAUCAGGUUGCUGCAAGAAGAACAACUCAUGGUGGGAGUUGUCUCAUCCAAAAUAAAAGAUAACUGAGCUGCCCUUAACAAGAGCAUUUUGGGACCCCAACAAGUCAUCUAUGGCAACAUCAGUGUUGAAUUGGCAAGAGCUUACAUUUUUUUCAGAUUCUUUUCAUAGCAUAGGAAUGUAUAGCAGAAUCUAUGUAGUUGAACUGAUAAAUGUGCUCUGGAUUUUAGUUUGAACUUUAAAGGCACUUUAAAGAUUGCAAACAUUUUUAGAGGUUUAAGGGUCAAUAUCUUGGGUAGUUCCUUUAAAGUUUGGACUAAGACCUGGAACAGAUUCACCACUUCACUGAUAUCAAACCACUUAUGUUCUACCUAUGCAUGAUUUCAAAUGAUUACUACUUAUUUAAGAUAUUGGAGCAAGUAAAGGAAACAAUGAUGGUCAACUAAUAACUGUGAAAGCAUAGUUUCUUUUAAGUAGAGUUUUUUUAUCGAUUUGUUAAUCUAUGUAGUUAUAGCUCAGACAGGAGGUACUCAAAAUUCUGUUUUGAAAAUGAUUGUCUUGUUAGAUUUUUGGAUUUUAUUAAAGGUUGGCUUGAACAAAAA